CUUGAUCUAUUUGAGCUAGUUACAUUAAUAUUUACUUAAUAAUGACUCGAAACAGGUCGUUAAAGGAUGUUGGUAGUAACUACCUUUCGGAAAAAAAAGACAAAAUAAUAGAAGCUAUCAGAGUAGGUAACACUAACGUAAUAAGACAGUUGGCCACUUCCAAAUUCGGGUUGAUGCACCCCAAGCUGCGCGCCCAGGCCUGGCCGUUAUUAUUAGGUCUCAGGCGCGAGGAACUGAUGGUGAACUGGAGUUACCAGCGUAGAGCGGAAACACGGGAUAAGCAAGCUGCUCUCGACACCAAACGGUCUUAUAUAAAUUUCCCCCCGGAGUUGUCCUUCUCUGAACGAAAGGAACUUCGAGAAGAGCUUCUUGUCAUCAUCAAUGAGACGCUAGCUCGUAACACAGAUCUUGUUUACUAUCAAGGCUUUCACGACUUCUGCUCUGUUUUCCAUCGCGUUCUUGGCAAAGAGUCAGCAGUUCAUUGCGUAGAGCGUCUAUCCUCCUCACUAAUAAGGGACUUCUUUGCGUCGGAUUUAGCGCCUGUUUUAUCCCUGAUACAGCUAUUGACUCCUCUUCUAAGAAAACUUGACUUUGAUCUCUACCAACACUUCCAAAAGGGGGGGCACUUCGAUUUUGCGGGCACCACCAUCUCUUGGAUAUUAACGUGGUUUUCUCACGACAUCCAAGCUACAAGCCGAAUUUCCACUCUGUUUGACUUAUUUCUUGCCUACCCUCAUCCAUUAGUGAUCAUUUACGCUUGUGCGGCCGUGUUAAUAGACUGUCGAAAGUUAAUACUUCAAACCCCAUGUGAGUAUACGGAAAUUUUUCGGAUUGUAAAAGCAUGCCCAGAAAAGGCUGAUGUGGAACAGGUAGUUUCGGCGACUUUAGCCUACCUAGUAUAUUAUAAACCUACAAAACUCCUGGAGGACGCCAAGUUUAACACCGCUCUUUGUUCCUCUGUUUCGAGCUAUCCAUUCACCUGGAUUAAUGACAGGAUUUUUGAGCAAAAUUUAUUAGCUGGUAGAAAAGUUGCUUGUUACCUACCAAAACAGAGAAGUAAAAUACUUCUACAAAGGCUCAUGAUUACGGCCAUCUCUGCGUCAACUUUAAUCUCAAGUAUAGUAGCCCUCUAUUACCUAAGUCAAGGUUGUUCUGUGCGAAGAAGUAUUAUUCAAGCUUUUCUUUACUCAUUUUAACUUAUGUAUAUGAGCCAA